UUCUACAUUUUAGUUUCAUAGUUAGUAAUGCCCAACGAAAUAUCUAUGCUUUCUCCUUCUGGAGUUUUGUUGCUUGCUGAUGGUAUUGAUGUUACGUUGAUGGAUAAGAUUCCACACAAAUGUUAUACUGCGGUUGGUGUUUUUGUUCUUUCAAGGAUGUUCAGGGAGGCUUGGGGAACUAAGUCUCUAGAGAAAGAAGCAGAGUUCAAUGAUUUUCUUGAGGGUGAGAUAUUAGAGGGUCUUGUUGCGCGUAUAGUGAGCAGUCAGAGUGCAAGAGAUAUGGAAAAUGUCUUGAGAGAUCAUCCUCCACCACCCUGUGAUGGAGCUAAUCUUGAUCUGGGACUCAGUCUAAGAGAGAUAUGUGCUGCCCAUAGAUCUAACGAGGAACAGCAAAUGAGAGCACUUUUAAGGAGUGUUGGGCCAAGCUUUUGCCCCAGUGAAGUGGAUUGGUUCGGAGAUGAAUCUCAUCCGAAAAAUGCUGACAAAUCAGUUAUAACAAAAUUCCUGCAAUCUCAGCCUGCAGAUUAUUCAACUAGUAAAUUACAGUGUCCUUUCGUGUGGCACAUGCCUAGUUUGUGGCCUUUAUAUCGAGGUUUCUUUGUUGAUAUUAAUUUGUUCAAGUCAAACAAAGGGAGGGAUCUGAUGGCUCUGAAAAGCAUUGAGAAUGCGGUCAAAGAUGCCAGUGAAAAUGAUGGUCAACGAGAAAAGGAUGGUUUGGCUGAUGGCGAUGUUAACUUAAUGAUCAAAUUAAAGUUUCUCACAUACAAGUUGAGAACCUUUUUGAUCCGUAAUGGCCUAUCAAUUCUAUUUAAAGAAGGGCCAGCAGCGUACAAAACCUACUAUCUUAGACAAAUGAAAAUCUGGGGUACGUCAGAUGGAAAGCAGAAAGAACUUUGCAAGAUGCUUGAUGAAUGGGCUACUUACAUAAGAAGAAAGUGUGGGAAUGAUCAGCUAUCUUCAUCAACAUACUUAAGUGAAGCUGAGCCAUUCUUGGAGCAGUACGCGAAACGGAGCCCAAUGAAUCAGAUUUUGAUAGGGGCUGCUGGGAACCUAGUUAGAACUGAGGACUUCUUGGCCAUUGUUGACGGUGAUCUAGAUGAAGAAGGCGAUCUUUUGAAGAAAGAAGGAGUGACACCAGCUACUCCUGAGCCAGCUGUGAAGGAAGCUGUCCAAAAGGAUGAGGGGUUAAUUGUAUUCUUUCCAGGGAUUCCUGGAUGUGCUAAAUCUGCACUUUGCAAGGAGUUAUUGAACGCCCCAGGAGGCUUUGCAGAUGAUAGGCCAGUGCAUACUCUGAUGGGUGAUCUUGUCAAAGGAAAAUAUUGGCCAAAGGUUGCUGAUGAACGUCGUAAAAAACCACAAUCGAUUAUGUUGGCUGACAAAAAUGCUCCAAAUGAAGAUGUCUGGAGACAGGUCGCUGACCUGAUAUAUUUCCACAUUUUGUGUGUCUUAACAAGUCUCAAUUUCAAUAUUAUUCUCGUAUUUCCCUAUUGGAUUGAAGACAUGUGUCGGAGAACUAGGGCUUCUGCAGUUCCAAUCGUUGCUGAUUCUGAAGGAACCGAUACAAAUCCAUAUUCACUUGAUGCCUUGGCUGUAUUCAUGUUCCGGGGAAAGCUCGACAAGGAAUCUUCAAAUGCAGGCUAUGUGCUAUUGAUGUUUUAUCACCUUUAUGAGGGAAAGAACCGUAGUGAAUUUGAGAGUGAAUUGAUUGAGCGCUUUGGCUCCCUCAUCAAGAUGCCACUAUUGAAAUCGGACAUGACUCCUUUACCUGAUCCUGUUAAAUCAGUUCUUGAGGAGGGCAUAGAUUUGUUCAAUCUCCACAACAGAAGACAUGGGAGACUCGAGUCGACAAAAGGAACAUAUGCAGCAGAAUGGACCAAAUGGGAGAAACAACUACGAGAUACUUUAGUUGCGAAUUCUGAGUAUCUCAAUUCUAUUCAGAUGCAUUACGCCAUGAACAGUAAUCACGAGACGGAGAUGAUGGAUACCGACUCCCCCGAGACGUUCAUGCUCGACAAACCCAGCACCGCCAGAGAUUUUCUCUCCGCCGCUCGUAGGCUCGUCGAUCAAGGAGAGCCAUCUCAAGCUCUUCAAGCGGUCGUGAUGGCGAUGAGAAACCAAGGAGGAGAUGAGGCGGUUCUUCAGAUAUUGAACCGUACCCGUGAACUAUACAAGCGUAGAAUUCAAGAAACAGCUAGUAUGGAUCAGCUGGCUUCUAUAUUUGCCGAGUGUGCCAUUACAGAAGCACAGCCUCUUGGGCAUGAGCCAACAACAUCAAAAGACUUAUUUGGUACCAAAGAAACAGUUACAGCGGAUGCUCAGGGCAUAUCUAUUCUGGAAAAAAGCGGGAGGUCACAGAUCAUGCUCGAUGCCUUUGCUGACGGAAGCAGCUUCAUCUGUCUGCAAUGCGGUGGUCUGGUGAGCAUCCAUAGGAGAGAUGAACAUUAUGCGUACUGGUGUAGCAAUAUGUAAUACAAGGAUGCUAUUUUAUUGGCCAUUAUAUGAGAAACUGCUUCGCUGUAAUAUGUUGUUGCUAAAUGUUGUUCAGCUUUGAAUGCAAUGGGAGAUAGAUAUAUAACACUUCAAAUUUGUCUUAACCUUUACAUGUAAUGUGUCUUAUGCUUAUCAAUGAACGCGUAAAGAAUGU